AUGACAGAUUCUAGUCCGUCACGAACCGACACGGCCAUGGAGUAUCCAAUUGACCUAGUUGCGGCCCCUCUCAUCAAGCUGAGUGACAUGGCACCGCGCAGAGAGAUACGUACCGCAGGCGAAGACUGGACCGGCAUAACAAGCAGUGCUAGGAGGCGCAAGCUACAAAACCGUCUCAACCAAAGGGCAUAUGAAAGAAGAAAAGCGUCGAGACGACCCGCAUCCAUACAUCCAGGGCAAGGCAGCAGACCGCGUUACGCUUCCCUGGCAACAACAGAUGCCCCGGAUGCGCCGGGAUCACCAUCUGUUCCUCAAAAGUUGGCCGUGAUAAAGUCUCCCGCAGGCUGCACGCCUGGAUCGGGAUGUGUAUUGCUCCGCCCGGGCGCCCAAGGCGCUCUCCGCCAGUUUGUCAAAAAGGCCUAUGAAGAUUAUGUGCUAGGCUGCCCGCAGCCAUGGUACCUGUCGACUCUCAUCCAGGUCAACGUCUUCAACGCCCUUGUGCAGAAUGGGUUCACCUUGGGAUUCUCAGACCGUUGGCAAAAAAAGGGUGUCAUCUCACCUUUCUCUAUAAUCGGACCCCUGCAGUCCUGUGACUCUUACCCGCUAAAUCUUCAGCCAACAGCCCUGCAGAGAACUGUUCCCCAUCAUCCGUGGAUUGACCUUUUCCCGAUCCCCCAGAUGAGGGAUAAUAUCCUGCUCUCGUUCCGCCACCUGGAUAUGGAUGAGUUAUGUGGCGACCUGCUCGAUGUCAAGCCUGGCUUGGAGGGGAAGCCGAGCCUGAUAGUCUGGGGAGACCCUUGGGACACUCGUGGUUGGGAGGCAAGUCCUUUAUUUUUACAAAAAUGGGGGUGGAUGCUAGGGGGAUGUCGAGAUAUUCUUCAAGCUACUAAUUACUGGCGUCAGAGCCGAGGAGAGGAUGAAAUACUCUUCUAG